GAUCAUGCGUAUAUUUUAAACAUAACUUCUGAUCGGAUUGGAGGAUUUUAGUGUUUCAAAAGGCAAACAACGCGUAUUUUAGUGAAGAAUAUGUAGACAUUUCAAAACUAAUCGGAAAGUUGUUAUUACGUGAAGUGACAAAAAUCCCAUAAAAAUGGUCCAAUUUUCAAUCGGGCAUAACUCCUACCUCCUACAAUAGUUAAUGGAUGCCAUGGAUGGAGUAUGGAGUCGUCAUUAUUCGGUCUUAUGAUUAAUUGUAUGAUCAAUCAAAGCGUAGAACUAGUAUGGCGUUGUAUAGGGUCAGUGUUUUAUAAAAUGAGCAAAAUGUAAUCUGAUUACAUUUGUCACGAUUACUUCUGCAAAGUAAUUAUACUAUAAUUACACAAUGAAUAUGUGACAACGAUUUACAUAACGGUUAUGUAAUCGUGGAGUCAUUGUCAACUCCAAAGAGACAUUUUUCUGAUGAAGAAAUUGUUGAAACAAACAUAUCAAAAAAGUAUAAAGCCAGUCCUAUGUCAAAUAUGUCAAAUACAAAUCAACAUAAAGUUAUUUUAAAUAAAGAAUAUAUUCCUCUUGCUGAAAAAAUGAGACCCAUCUACCUUGAUGAUUAUAUUGGACAAGAACAAGUUGUUGGUUCUAAUACAGUACUACAACAACUAUUAUCAAAACAAUGUAUUCCUAGUAUGAUAUUUUGGGGCCCACCAGGAUGUGGAAAGUCAUCUUUGGCUAAUGUUAUAUCACAUUUAUGCAAGGAAAUAUCUGCAGGUAAAGUACAUGUUGUAAAACUCUCUGCAACAUCAUCUGGUGUUAAUACCAUAAAAGAUGUUGUUAAUAAAGCAAAAAGUGGACUUAAAUCAUAUCAAACAAUUGUAUUUAUGGAUGAAAUACAUCGUUUCAAUAAACUUCAACAAGACAUUUUUCUACCGCAUGUAGAGGCAGGCACAUUUACAUUAAUUGGCACUACUACAGAAAAUCCAUCUUACAGUUUAAAUUCUGCUUUAUUAAGUAGAUGCCGUGUAUUUGUUUUAAAUAAAUUGACAAUGUUAAAUAUAACGGAUAUUCUUUGUAAAGCGAUUUCGUAUAUUAAUGGAAAAAUAUAUGAUCCUCAAACUGAGAAAGCAUCAAACAAUUUACAGAACAAACUUGAUCUUACUCCUAAGCCUUCAGAUUUUGCUAUUAGUAGAACUGUAAUUGAUUGGUUAGCAGAAGUAUGUGAUGGAGAUGCACGUGUUGCACUGAAUGGCUUGGAAUUAGCAGUUAAAACUAAAGUAUUAAAUAAACCAACCUCUUCCAAUCUUGUGUCAAUAACUCUUGAAGAUAUUAAAGAAAGUCUUAAACAAGCUCAUAUGCUAUCUGAUAGACAAACCAACAACUCUCAUCAUUUGUAUUCUGCAUUGCAUAAAUCAAUAAAAGGUGGCAAUGCAAGUGCAUCUUUAUAUUGGUUAGCAAGAAUUAUGGCAAUUAAAGAAGAUCCUGUAAAUAUAGCAAGACGGUUGGUAAGAAUAUCAAGUGAAGAUGUUGGUUUAGCAGAUCUAGAUGCUUUAGGAAUAGCUGUCCAUACAAUGCAUGGGUGUCAAAUGGUUGGAAUGCCAGAGUGUGAUGUACUUUUAGGACAAUGUGUUGUGUAUCUAGCUAAAGCACCAAAGUCUAAUCUUAUAUAUAAUGCAUUAAACUCUGCUAAAAAUGUUAUUAUGAGUCAUAAAGGUCCUCAACCUUCAGUACCAUUACACAUCAGAGACAGAUCAGGACAAAGAAAACUUCAAGCUAUUUUUGGACGCCAUAAGGAAAAUUUAGUAAGAAAAGAGGAGAAUAGUAAAACUUAUUUACCAUUUGAUCUUCAGAAUACAAAUUUCUUUUUAGAAGAUCUCUAAGUCUUUCCCUUCUAAAAAUGACUUUUGGACAUCUUUGCCGCUAAAAUAGCAUUUAAAAUAUAAAAUAUAUCGGGCGCAAUCAUUUGUUGUAUGCACGACCAUUUCCUUCAUUG